AUGACGAGUGGGAAAAAGAGCGGAAAGAAGAGUACAUCCCAAGUGUCUGUCAAGUCUACAAGCGACGAAACCUCAAAAAUGUCUUCGGAACUUACAAAGAAAAAAACCCUCAGAACUGGACAUCGAAAUUCCGCCGAAAGGAAAUUGGAGUGUGCGAACGAAAUUCUAAAUUCUUUGGGCGAUGACCCGUGGAGUGUUUCAAAACAACGAGCGACUCUAAUCUUCUACAAGUACUCCCUAAAGGAAAAGCUGGACGUUAUUCAGGGACUGGAAAAAGAGAUUCUCGAUUUAUCAACGGAGGAAGAAAUUGUCCGUCAGCGAAAUUGA